GUAUGGUGGAGGUUACUACCAGCCCAAUGCAGAUCAGCAAGGAGCUCAGAAUGGCUGGAUGAUGUACGGUCUCGGGUGGUUCUUCUGCUGCUGCUUCGGGCCGAUUGGGCCCAUCUUUUGGUUCGUCGUGGCCUGCAUGCACUUCUGCAAGCCAGAAGAGGCGCGGAAACAGCUUCCUCAGGAGAGGCAAGUUGCCUGCAUGUCGCUGUGGACUGCCAUUAUCUGCCUUGUGAUCGAGGUGGUUCUGAUUAUUUUCCUCGUGACAUUCGUGUUCACGACCGCGGAAGCUAUUCGGAGCACCACUUACGAGGACGGUCUUUACUACAGCUCCUACAGAAACUACCGCUGA